GAGAGCGAGGAGCGGAGCUCGAACAGGUACCCGGUCCGCCGACAGUUUCAGGUGAUCCCAACUGAACCGAUAUGAAGACCUCUCUGUUGUCUCUUGCUGUGCUCUUCCACCUGAUUUAUUCUUGUCAGGGAGACUGUAAGGCUGAGUGUCUUACCUGUAAGAACCUCUAUCAGCAAGAACAGUUCAAUAUACUGGUCUGCAAUCUAGAGUGUGAAGGGAAAGUUCCAUCGUCUCUCAUGUGGAAAAACUGCAGAAAUAUCAUCUCUGUAUCUCCAUUGUUACCACUGAAACUGAGCACAUCUCAAGCCAGGAGCCUGCCUUUUGGUGUUGCUAGAAUCUUUGGGACACUUGGAAAUACUCACGACGUUCUCCAAGCUGUGAAGAAUAUGUCACCCAUCAGGAGCACAGAAGACAUCUAUGAUGAUGAAGCUGAGGUGAACAGCAGUCCACAAGAUACAGUAAUGCCUUCAGACAAGAGGUCCUAUGAUUUCCAGGCAGAGUCACUGGCUUCCAAGCCAAAUGAAAGGUCUAUGAAGAGGAAUCAUGAUAUCAGCAAUGCUGUAGAAAGCAAGAAAAGUUUCCAGAAGAGAUAUGGUGGUUUCAUGGGCAUCAGGAAAUCAGCCAGGAACUGGAGCAAUCUGAUCAGACAGACCAGUCAGAAAAGAUAUAGCAAGUUUCUUCGGCAGUAUCUUGGACUGACAACACGUUCUACUGAUGACAGUUUGCCAGGCAACUUGGCUGCGUAA